GCAUCUUCGGGAGAAGGAGGCAAUGUUGUAGAGACGUCCAUAGAGUUUACUGCAAACAAAGUAGAGGCCCGGUCACUUGUGGCAAAGGUGGUCGACGGAGGUGGUGAGAAAGCAGAGACAAGGUGGGUACAGCGGAGGCCGGGCCGGGCUUCUGCGAAUCAAGCGUAGCAUCAUCUGCAGCAUGGGGAACCGUGACUUGUAAGCAAUCGGGAAUGGUUGCGGACUGGAUAACAACCGGCAUAUAAUCUUACUGUCGUACUCUUACUCUUUCCCUCUCACCCUUCUCUGACACGUCCUUUCUCUCUCUUUCUCUUUCUCUCUCUCUCAGUUCACAGUUCCUCUCUUUGCACCAGGUAUUUCGUAGAAAUGGCUACUCGUGAACGUUCUAUGUCAGGUACAAUUCCUUCGAUGGAGACUGCCCACCAUGCACUCAAGGAGAAUACUGUAAUCGUUGUCCUUGGUGCAUCGGGUGAUCUUGCAAAGAAGAAAACCUAUCCCGCCCUUUUUGGUCUCUAUAGUAUGGGUUUCUUACCCAAAGACAUCAAGAUCGUCGGAUAUGCGCGUACAAAGAUGGACGAUGCAGAGUACCACAAGCGUAUUACCUCCUAUAUCAAGACCAAUGAUGACCCCCAGACUCAAGCUAAGUUGGAGGAAUUCAAAGCGCUGGCGACGUACGUCUCUGGUGGCUAUGAAGAUUCUCCUUCGUUCGAGAAUUUGAACAAGAAUCUCGAGACUAUCGAGCAGGGACACCAGACGCCCGAGUGUAACCGGAUGUUUUAUCUUGCUCUCCCACCUACAGUGUUCAUCCCAGUAGCUAAGCAUCUCAAGGAGCAAUGCUACUCUCGACAUGGCAUAAACCGUAUCAUUAUUGAAAAGCCCUUCGGCAAAGACCUCGACUCCGCUCGCGAGCUCCUCAAUUCCGUGAAGCAAUAUUGGAAAGAGGACGAGACGUUCCGUAUCGAUCACUACCUUGGAAAGGAGAUGGUCAAGAACUUGCUUGUUCUUCGUUUCGCCAACGUUGCGUUGAACGCGGGUUGGGAUAAGAACUCGAUUAGCAACGUGCAGAUCACAUUCAAGGAACCAUUUGGCACUGAGGGUCGUGGAGGAUACUUUGACGAGUUCGGUAUCGUUCGUGACAUCCUCCAGAACCACUUGAUGCAGGUUCUCAGUAUCUUGACCAUGGAACGCCCUGUCUCAUUUGAGGCGGAGGACAUUCGUGAUGAGAAGGUUAAAGUGCUCCGUGCCAUUCCACCGGUGGAGCGAAGCGACACACUGCUCGGUCAAUACGUCGCAGCGAACGGAAAGCCUGGUUAUCUCGACGACUCCACUGUCCCACCCAACUCAAACUGUCCCACGUAUGCCGCAACAACAUUGUGGAUCAAUAACCCUCGGUGGGAGGGCGUUCCUUUCAUUCUCAAGGCUGGGAAGGCCUUGAAUGAAGCGAAAGUGGAAAUCCGAAUCCAGUUUAAGGACGUCACACAAGGGAUCUUCAAGGAUAUCUCCCGUAACGAGCUCGUCAUGCGCAUUCAGCCUUCUGAAGCCGUCUACCUCAAAUUGAACACUAAGACCCCUGGAUUGUAUACCCGUGCUAUCCCGACUGAAAUGGAUCUGACGUACAAACGUCGGUUUGCGGAUGCGAAGAUUCCAGAGGCGUACGAGAGUCUUAUCUUGGACGCACUCAAGGGUGAUCAUUCGAACUUUGUCCGAGAUGAUGAGUUGGAUGUCGCUUGGAAGAUCUUCACGCCUAUUCUGCAUUGGAUCGACGGCAAGUCUGGCCCAGGGCCCAAACCUGUCCCAUACCCAUAUGGUUCCCGCGGUCCCAAAGAGCUCGACGCUUUCAUCACCAAGUACGGUUACAAGCGGUCUCAAGUCGGCUAGUGAGUUCUUGUUUUUGCUGUUCAUGGCCCAUCACUAGCGUCUCCAACUUGUAACCGGACUUAGUUGUGCAAGGGAAUCUCAUAUUGCUGUUGCAUUUUUGGGGGAAAGUGAAAGUGAAAGUUUUUGUGAGAAGUCUUUUUUGUUAGCAUAUAUAAAUAUCACUUUGUCGUCGUCUUUGUAUCAUGAUCAACUCGAACUGCAAGAAGAAGAAUAGAAACGUUGUACUAUUUACGUUAUGCAUACACGUUGUCAUCAUCCGUUGGGUUUCUAAAGACGACGGACGAUAUAGUAAUCGUAUUGCUCAACGGGCCUUCGCAUAUGCGCAGUGUAUGUAUACGUAUGGUGUAUAGAAGAGGAAAUAUCCCAAAGGGGAUGUCCAUGGAUCCGAUUCGAGCUUCCAUCUUCACGGAAUCGCAGACCGGC